ACGCCGUUUCUGAUGUGUCACCCUUGGUGGAUAAGGUUCCGGGGAGCCGCUUUCCCCGUUUCCUCAAUGGCGCUGUCUUGGUCUUGGGCCCCUAGUUUCCUUUGAUCUUAGAAAAAGCGGUUUUCCGUUUCAACUCGGUACAGCUUGGACUUGGCGGAAAAGAAAAGAUUCUUCUCAGGGCAAUCAAUCUCCUCACCCAGAUACAGAGCAGAGCAAAUACAAUGCCGGGGUAUUUUUAAAUAAUUCCAGCUCCCUCCCAACUAAUUAUCAUCUUUCUCCAGCCUUUUUUCGGAUUGGAAUAUUCGAUUGUUCGACGGUUUCUUCGAUUAUUUCUCUCGAGCUCCCGCAUUCGUCGAGAUUGUAACUCAAUUGAUCGCUUGGCAGAUGUCUGUUGGUAUGUUGGUAGCUAUCCUCGAAAAUUUUGAGCAGGAGAAGAUGGAUUCAGCAGCAGUUCUUUUCUGAAUGUUGAAUUGUUGUUGAACAAUUCCUGUUAGCGCAUAGCCCCCCUUAGGUUUCGAUCAAAUUCUCUUUGUUGGGGAUUUCUGGGUUUUCCAUAAAGUGCCGAGCUUUCGUGUGAUUGCUUGCAGCUUGCCUUGAUUGGGGUUGUGUGAGUUAGGUCUGGUUGGUGGUUUAUCGGUGUCAUCACACAGAAGGAAGGGAUGGUAAGUGUUAAUCUGGGGAUGCUCCAUUAUGUGCUAGACCACAUUUAUGGAGCGGUGAUGCACAGGAGCCGGCUGGGCACCCCAUUCUUCUCGAAAGGAUGGGGUGGCACGCAACUUGCUCUCUUGGAGAGAAUGGUUCAUGAUUUGUUCCCUGAACUGGAGGCCCGAGCCCAGCCUCCGAGUAUGAUUCAGCCGAUUUGGAGAACGAUUUGGGAGAGCAGAACUGCUUGUUUAAGGGAAGGCGUCUUCAAAACGCCUUGUGAUGAGCAGCUCAUUAGUGCAUUGCCCCCAGAAAGUCACACUGCAAGAGUCGCCUUUCUUGCUCCGAAACUGGGGGAUCCACAAAGGAUGGCUUGUGUGGUUCAUCUUGCUGGCACUGGAGAUCACACCUACGAGCGCCGUUUGCGCCUUGCCGGACCAUUGCUGAAGGAGAACAUUGCCACAAUGGUAUUGGAAAGCCCUUUUUAUGGACAAAGGCGGCCAAUGAUGCAGCAGGGUGCCAAACUCUUGUGUGUUAGUGACUUGCUUCUAUUGGGUAGGGCAACGAUUGAGGAGGCACGAAGUCUCUUAUACUGGUUAGACUCUGAAGCAGGUUUUGGCAAGUUGGGUAUUUGCGGGCUUAGCAUGGGUGGUGUUCAUGCUGCGAUGGUGGGAUCAUUGCACCCAACACCUGUUGCAACUCUGCCUUUCCUUUCUCCGCACUCUGCUGUUGUGGCUUUCUGCGAGGGCAUACUACAACAUGGCACUGCUUGGGAGGCACUGAGAGAGGAUCUAGCUGCACAAAAGGUUGCAAUGACUCUUGAGGAAGUGAGAGAAAGGAUGCGCAAUGUGCUUUCUCUCACUGAUGUCACGCGCUUUCCAAUCCCCAAAAAUCCCAAGGCAGUCAUUUUUGUUGCUGCAACUGUAAGUAACUAAGGAAUUGGCAUCUUUGAAUCCUUGAUCUAUCACAUUUGUUGCAGUCCUCCCUUAAAACAAGCGCAAAAUUAUUUUCAUGGCAGAUUUGUGAUCAUCUGCUGAUCCCUUCGUGAAUACUGGUGUUCGUACUUUUGAUUCUAGCGAUGCUGAUUUCUUUGUGGCAAUUACUUCUUGGGUUUUUUUCACUGUCCUCUGAGUAACCGUGUUCGUUAUCUGCUUGCCUUUAGGAUGAUGGCUAUAUUCCAAACUAUUCAGUUGUGGAGCUUCAAAAAGCUUGGCCCGGGUCAGAGUUGAGAUGGGUGAAGGGCGGUCACGUUUCAUCGUUCCUUCUUCACAACAGCGAGUUCCGAAGAGCGAUUAAAGACGGUCUAGACAGAUUAGAGUGGAAAGAAUCCGCAUUGUGACAUGACUAACAUCGAAGAAGUUAACAACUUUAUCUGUCCCUCCUUGACCUGCACAUAGA